AUGUUUGGUAUUUCAUAUGGAGAGCUCUUCCUCUUGAUUGGAGCCACAGCUGGUCUAGUUGGACCAAAGGAUUUGCCUAGAAUUGCUAGAACAGCAGGGAGGUUAGCGGGUCAGUCAAUCGGGUAUGUUCAGUUAGCUAGGGGCCAAUUCGAUAAUGUUAUGCAGCAGUCUCAAGCCCGCCAGGUUCAUAAAGAACUUCAAGAUGCAUUCGCUCAACUAGAGUCGAUUCGUUAUGAAGUCCGGUGUAUAUCACUUAUGAAUCCUGGUCCUAUGGCUAGAAGGCUGAUGGAUAAUCCUCAAGACCUGGCUUCUUUGAGUGAUGGUGGUAUUCUUAAUAGCCAUACAUUGCUGGCAAGUAAUGUUUUGCUUCUCUCCUAG